AAAAGAACAGAGAUAAACAGAGGAAGAGGGAGGGAGAGGUGCUACAGUUGUUGGAGUAUGGACAGUACGCGAAUAAUCUAUCGGCGUGUGCGGUUUGUAGUCGAUGGCGCGCAGCAUCAUGAGCGGGGUGUGGAAGGAGGAGAGAAGAGAGGAUCGAUCGGUUGCCAUCACAUACUCGCACAACGCUGGACGCUUGGGCCGGGGCAGGCCUGUGCUAGAGUGCCCUCCCUUCUUCUCCUUCUCCUGCCUGUCGACUCCCCCUGCCUGUCGGAGCUGGCCUGCUCUUGCCCGCUCCAGCUCUUACAAUCCCCCCUCCCCUCUUUCUCUCUCUCUCCCCACACACCCACCCUCUCUGCCUGCACACGUACACACGCACGCUCGCGCACCCACACGAGAACCCGGCCACCACGACGACGACGACAACUGCAGCUACCAGUCGGCCGGCAGUUCCCUCCGGAUGCGCUCCUGCGCGGAGACCGUGGUGCGUGGCGACUGGCUGUUCUUGCACGUGCCCGAGCGGUGAAGUCGUGUGCUCAUCCACCGAAGCCGUGAUUCCCCUUUACCCCGGCCCGGGCCACUAGCCACGACCUUCACGUUGUCCUUGUCGCCCCUCGCCUUCUUCUCCUCCUGCUGCCUUUCAGUCAUCUUGCCAAAAAAGAUGUAGGAGGAUUCAGCGGAAAGUUGGACCGCCAGAGGCAAGCGUUUCCUCGACACACUGUCGGAACGAGUUCAAACACCAGCUGGACCUCCUCAACCAGGCGAGACUACGUUUUCAGAUGCCGGGAGGGACAUUGCAAGCUCCUGCAGUCCAUGUUGUGUCUAUGUGCUUGGUUCUGGCCACCCCACCACCGACAUAAUUGUAUCGAAGUGUGGUAGGAGUGUUAUAUGUUGUCUUUCCCAUAAUCCCUCUCUUCUGUUUUAACACAUCAUCGGUGGAUUAAAAAAAAUAGUUCCGUGUUUGUGAUAAAGGCUUUAAUUGGUCUCGUCACUUCUUCAGUUCUACAACCUUCUCUCUCACCGCCAUCGACGACCGAUCCAUUUCCAGCCUGCAUUGCUGCUGCCAGUCCGCCUUCCGCUCGCUUCCGCCUCUCAAACCGCCGCUCGGCAUUCUCCGGUAAUCUCCGGCAAUUUACGGCAGGCGGCGACGUCAUUUCUCCUGCGCGCACAUAAUCAAUAUGGCGGACGUUCUGUGCUGCGCCAUGCCGCUUCCCAAGCUUCGCUGAGGGCUUGUACGGUGUCACCCCCUACACUGCGGUCCUCCGAGUGCUUCGAGAGGCAGGAGUCGUGAAUAUUGUCGUUAGAAACUGUUGGAGAGGAAACAUUCAAAACGCCAGGCCACCGCUGUAUGGAUAUGAUUACCUCAAAGAUACCAACAAAUCGUUUUCUUCGGCAAAGCUCUUUCUCAAUGAUGCACGUGGAAAAACGUGCAUGAAGUCAGUCACCAAUACAGAACCUCUUGCCACAAACAGUGAUGUUACAGACGCGGAGGUAGCAACCGUCUGUACGUGCCUGGACCAAAGGCACGGCGUGCGGUCCGCCGGACCCUUGUGCCGGUCUCCUUGGGCCCUGAAGUUGGGCCUCCGUGCCGGUCCUCUGGGCCCUAUAACUGGGCCACUUUGUACUCAUCGCAAGUUCCGCAACUCUGGGGCUCUAGGCAGUCCCUCAGUUGGUCCUGUUUGAGGACCAAACUCUUGCCAACACCACUCGCUGCGCUGUGCCGUCAUCCGUGAGGAUGGAGGAGGACGCGGCAAUGGAGUGGACGCCGUUCCGCCUGUUCACUCGCGAGUCGCUUUUCAACAUCGAGCGGCGCAUUGCCGAGGAGCAGGCGGCCAAGGAGGCGGAGAAGACCGCCAAGGAGUCUGAGUCAGAGUCGGAGGACGAUGGCGAUGAGACGACCCACGACCACGAGCCUAAGCCCAACCCCAAGCUGGAGGCGGGGCGGAAGCUACCCCCGUCGUUAGAGGACGUCCCCCAGGCCUACAUUGCGCGGCCAUUGGAGGAUCUGGACGAGUUCUACCACAACCAGAAGACCUUCGUCGUGGUGAGCAAGGACAAAUCCAUAUGGUUCAGCGCCACCAACGCCAUGUUUAUACUGACGCCCUUCAACCCCAUCCGGCGUGGUGCUAUCUACAUUCUAGUCCAUCCGAUGUUUAGUGUCUUGAUUGUUAUCACCAUUGUAGUCAACUGUGUCUUCAUGGCGCGAACAGACUCGGGUCCAGAGUACGUAGAAAACUUAUUCCUUGGAAUCUACACUCUGGAGGCGGCCACAAAGAUUUUAGCGAGAGGCCUGGUUCUAGAACCAUUCACCUGCUUGAGAGACCCUUGGAACUGGUUGGACUUCUUUGUCAUCUCUGUAGCAUACCUAACAAUGGUGGUCUCCACUCUUGGUAACCUCACAGCUCUACGAACAUUUAGAGUGCUUCGUGCCCUGAAGACCGUAGCAGUUAUACCAGGCCUGAAGACUAUCGUGGGCGCCUUGUUGGAGGCCGUGCGGCGUCUGCGGGACGUGAUGAUCCUGACGGUCUUCGUGUUGUCCAUCUUCGCCCUGGUCGGCAUGCAGCUGUACUCGGGCACGCUGCGCCAGAAGUGCAUCCUCAACUGGACCGACAACAUCGGCCCCAACGUGACGGAUGAGGAGUGGUUCUCGUUUGUGAGUGACUCAGCCAACUGGGAACAGGACACGUUUGGUAACACUCUUGUCUGCGGCAAUAACUCAUUUGCCGGCCAGUGCUCAAAAUUCUACGUAUGCAUUCCGGACAUCGGCGAUAACCCCAACUUUGGCUACACCAACUUCGACAACUUCGGCUGGGCGCUUUUGUGCGCCUUCCGCCUGAUGACCCAGGACUUCUGGGAGAGUUUGUAUCACUUGGUGUUGAGAGCCGAAGGCUCAGCACAUUGCAUGUAUUUCGUGUUUGUCAUCCUUCUCGGCUCGUUCUACCUGGUGAACCUGAUCUUGGCCAUUGUGGCCAUGUCCUACGGCGAUACGCAGAAACAGGAUCUUGCUGAUGCUGAAGAGGAAGCUGCUGAAAGACAGCAAGAAGAGACCCGGAAGGAACAGCUGAGCUUGGUAACUAAGAGUCCCUCGGACGCCUCCUUCAACGAGGAGGAUGAGUGCUGCAGUCCUGACCAGCCUGCCGACAAAGAACGCCUGUCAAUGACUAGUGAACAGUCCACAGCCAGCCAGCGCGCGCUGAAGCCUAGCAACAAGGUGAGACAUUCUGUAAGCCUCCCAGGCUCCCCUUACAACCUGCAGCGCAAAGGUAGCAAGGGGAGUCAGUUUGGUUGGAAGAAGAAACAAUCCAACGAUCGCCAGCCACUAGUAGUACCUGGGAACAUCGAGGCCCUUCCUCUCCCCUUUGCCGACGAUUCGGCGGCUGUCACCCCCUCCUCCGAAGAUCUAUGCAAUUCGCCUUUCUUCCUCAAAAAUCUCCCCAACGGCCGACGGUUUAGCUUUGCUGCUAUGACUGGCUAUCGCCAUCCGCUGGCUGCCGGACGGCCAAGCUCCCGACGGAGUAGCUUCGGCUCCCAGCACAGCCGCGGGUCGCGAUCCAGCCGUCACUCAGUGCGCUCGAAGAUCGGCGGGGGUGGGGAGAAGACCAAGACGGAGAAACUGUUCUUCAGGAAGACCAAUGUGCCAGACGUGGUUCUGGACACCUCCAAGUUAGCCGACACCAAUUCAAUCAGUAGUAUUGGCAGCCAGGCACUAGAGAAACGGAAAAAGUCUGGAAGCAAUCCUUUCCUAAAUUCCUCUCCCACAGGAGCGAAUGUUGAGAUGAAAGACGUCAUGGUCCUAAAGGACAUCUUUGAGCAAGCGACUGAACACAGACGAAGUCUCAUGAGCAUGGCAAGCGAGCCUCAGCUGACGACAAAGGACAAGUUGUGGCGCUACUGCUGCCUUUGGGACUGCUCCCCGACCUUCACCAAGAUCCAAGAAUACGUCAACCUCUUCAUCAUGGACGCCUUUGUGGAUCUCUUUAUUACCCUGUGUAUCCUGGUCAACACUUUAUUCAUGGCCCUCGACAAACAUAACAUGAACAAAGACCUUGAAAACGUCUCCGCCUCUGCCAACCUGUUUUUCACUGGAAUCUUUGCGAUCGAGGCGGUCCUGAAGAUCAUCGCUCUGUCACCUUCCCGCUACUUCAAGGAGGGCUGGAACGUCUUUGACAGCGUUAUCGUCUUUCUUUCCCUCACAGAGCUCGUCCUCACUGCCCUUCCAGGCCUCUCCGUGCUUCGGGCUUUCAGACUGCUGAGAGUUUUCAAGUUAGCAAAGUCAUGGCCGACCCUCAACAUGUUAAUCUCCAUCGUGGCGCGGACCAUCAGCGCUAUCGGUAACCUUGUCAUCGUCCUGGGCAUCGUCGUCUUCAUCUUCGCUGUGAUGGGACAGCAGCUGUUUGGCAGCAACUACAGAUUUCAAGAACGAGACUUGUUUCCGGAAAAUGAAGGCGAAAUGCCUAGAUGGAAUUUUUCAGACUUCCUGCACUCAUUCAUGAUCGUAUUCCGUGUUUUGUGUGGUGAGUGGAUUGAGUCGAUGUGGGACUGUCUCAGGGUUGCAGGUUGGCCCUGUAUCCCUUUCUUCCUGCUCACCAUGAUUAUCGGCAACUUAGUGGUACUGAACCUCUUCCUUGCCUUGCUGCUGAGCUCCUUUGGCGCAGAAAACCUUCAGGUCGACAACGACGACGAGCCCAACAAGCUGGCCGAAGCCAUAGACCGCUUCAAGCGCUUCGGCAGCUGGGUCAAGGUCAAAAUCAUCGUCUGCCUCAAAGUGCGCCUGCGUGGGGUCAAAUCCAAGCAACAGCAGCUCCCUCUGCACGUGUCGUCGGAACUCAACGGGAAGGAAGCUCUGGUGGAUGGCGUGACGGGAACCGGCGUUGAGAAAACUCCAGAGGACAUGCCAGACGGAGUCAAGAUCUCAAGGACAUCUAGCCUGCGCUCACAAAAGAAACCCCUCAAGAGCCCCACGGGUUCAGAGGUCAGCUCAUCCUCCUCGUCUCUGUCAUCUACUCACGGAACAGGCAAAGUGAAUGCAGAGGGAGAACCGGAAAUGAACGAAGUAGAGGUGGUCUACGUGAAGGAGCCUGAUGACUGUCUGUGCAAGAUUUGCAUGAAGCGGCAGUGUGUACAGUCCCUGGCUCAGACGAAGUUUGGUCGCGUCUGGUGGAGCAUUCGAUGCUUCAUGUUCAAGGUGACGGAGCACAAGUACUUUGAGACCUUCAUCAUCUUCAUGAUCUUGUGCAGCAGUCUCGCUCUUGUGAGUAGUCGACGAACACUGUGUGAGCGACCAACGCUGCGACUCAUUCUGGAAUACCUGGACAAAGUGUUCACCUAUAUCUUCAUCUGUGAGAUGGUCAUUAAGUGGUUUGCCUUCGGCUUCAAGGUAUAUUUCACUGAUGCCUGGUGCUGGCUGGACUUUAUCAUUGUAUCGCUCUCCAUUUUCAUGAUGAUCAUGGAAAGCCUGGGUUUUGGUAACAUUUCUUCAAUAAAGGCUCUCAGAACGCUAAGGGCACUGCGACCUCUCAGAGCAGUCUCCAGAUGGGAGGGCAUGCGGGUUGUUGUUAACGCCCUCAUCAAGGCCAUCCCCUCCAUCUGCAACGUGCUUCUCGUCUGCCUGGUCUUUUGGCUCAUCUUUGGAAUUAUGGGGGUACAGCUGUUCAAGGGCAAGUUCUAUUCCUGCAAGGACGGAAAUGGAACCAGGCUAGCGGUCCACAUCGUCAACAACUAUUCGCAAUGCAUUGAGCAGAACUACACUUGGACUAACAGCAAAGUCAACUUUGACGAUGUCAUACAGGCUUACCUAGCUCUCUUUCAAGUGGCGACCUAUAAGGGGUGGAUAGACAUCAUGAACAACGCCAUCGAUGCAAGAGAGAUCAACGAGCAACCAGACCGUGAAGUGAACGUCUACUCCUAUCUCUACUUCGUCCUUUUUAUCAUCUUUGGAUCCUUCUUUACACUCAAUCUCUUCAUUGGUGUUAUUAUCGAAAACUUCAACGCCCAAAAGAAAAAGGCUGGAGGCUCCCUUGAACUGUUUAUGACUGAAGACCAGAAAAAGUACUACAAUGCCAUGAAGCGUAUGAAAAACAAAUCUCCUCAGAAGUCGAUACCUAGGCCCAAGAUGAAAUUCGCAGCACUAAUAUUCGACUUGACAACCAAUCAGAAGUUCGACAUCGUUAUCAUGAUUAUCAUCAUGGCAAACAUGCUGACAAUGACUCUGGAGUUCUACAACAUGCCCGAAACGAUGAAAUUAGCCCUUAACAACAUCAACAUCGUCUUCAUCGCCAUUUUUACACUCGAGUGUGUCUUGAAGCUCAUCGGACUCCGCCUGUACUAUUUCAAGAUCCCGUGGAAUGUCUUCGACUUCGUGGUGGUGGUGUUGUCUAUUCUUGCUUCAUCGUUAUCAGAGUUUGAGGACAGCUUCUUCAUCUCCCCCACUCUUCUGCGUGUGAUUCGAGUCUUUCGCGUUGGCCGAGUACUGAGAUUGGUCAAGUCUGCUAAGGGCAUUCGGACUCUGCUGUUCUCCUUGGCCGUCUCCUUGCCUGCGCUCUUCAACAUCGGCUUGCUUCUGGCGUUGGUAAUGUUUAUCUACGCCAUCAUGGGCAUGAACUUCUUCAUAACCGCUCCUUCAUACGCGGGCCUGGACGACGCCUUCAACUUCAAAACUUUCUUUCGAAGCAUGAUCGUGCUUUUCCAGAUGUGCACUUCCGCUGGCUGGAGUGAUGUCAUGAAUGGGUUGAUCCAUAAUUGCGUACCGGACGAAUAUUGCCCGGAGUACAACAAAGCCACCUUGUACCUGGCUUCCUACCUCAUCAUCAGCUACCUGGUGGUCGUCAACAUGUACAUAGCCGUCAUUCUCGAAAACUUCUCGCAGGCGACAGAGGAUGUGCAACAAGGCUUGACACCGGACGACUUCGACAUGUACUACGAGAAGUGGGAGAAGUACGACCCCAAGGCCACUAAAUACAUCCCCCUCGACCAGCUCUCAGACUUCGUGGACUUCCUGGAUGAGCCCUUGCGGCUGCCCAAGCCCAACCACUUUCUUCUGGUCAAGAUGGAGAUCCCGAUUUGCGAGGGAGACAGGUGCUUUUGCAAGGAUAUCCUGGAUGCAUUGACCAAGAACUUCCUGGGCACCACCGACACCAGCAUGAUUCCUGUCAAAGAAGAGCACACUGAUGAAAACUAUAAAGCAAUCAGCACGACGCUAAAGCGCCAGAAGGAGCAUUAUGCCGCUCGUAUCAUUCAGAAGGCCUACAGGAACUACAAGAAACGGAAAGAGGAGUCGGACGGCGAGGGUGAUGACGGAGUAGAGGCAGUGGGGACAGGAGUGGAGGUAGUGCGGGCCGUGGAGGCAUCAGACAUCGCCGUCGUGACGACGGGUCAGGAGACGAUGGCAGCGGCAGCGACGAGAAGGGUCGGAAGACAAAGAGCGGGAGGGCAGCGGGGUGUCGCGAGGUAGCGGAAGUGGCGGGACUAGCAGCACAGUCCACCCAGAUGCCAGUUCCGACGACCGCAGCCACGUGCUAGUGACGUGUGAGGACGACGACCUUGACCCCAAGACCGUGGAGCUGAAGGCCGACAGUGGUGUGGUGGCGUGAUGUGGAAGGGAAGGAAGAGAAAAUGUGAGGGAUAGAGAGAGCGAGCGGUGCUGUUCGACAGUGGCAGGAGUCUGGUCGCUUACGCGCGCGCGUCCAUUCUCGCUUACCUGCCCACCUGUCGAUAGCACAGGUCCUUGCACUUUUCACAGGUAGCCAACACCAUGCCAGGUGUGCUGAAUGCGUUUGUACGUGCGCGUGUGUGUGCGUGCGUGCGUGCCUGCGUGCGUGCCUGCGUAUGCGACAAUUUCCAAGGUAUUUGCGCUGUUCUCCACACCUCUUCGCUAUUUGCUGAGUCUACAGCCCCCUCUGCCACCUUCUACCCACACCGUCACACCCCCUGCCUGUUGUUUGCUCUUCUCAGCUCGACGUUCUUCCCCAACCUCCCACUUCACAUUUUCCGACAACAGCGACGUCAAGGCUCGUGAAAUAGUGGUUCUUUCUCCACCUAACCUACCACUACCGAUUCCCCUCCAACGCCACGUGAUAAGAGACCACUCUGUACUGCUGGUCUCAAGAACUGCUGGUCAUCAUUGCAAAUGGACGCGUGCAACCACUAUUGUACACUCGCGCAAGCCCCGCAGUGUUCUUUGCGAACUCGAGCAAAGCCCGUCUCAAGCUGCUGUUUGCAAACUCGCAUCAUGGCUGUUCUUUGCAGACCCUUGUGUGGUCCUUUUUUUUAUAAAAGGAGCUUGUCCCCAGGAACUCUUCGCGUCAUCGUUUAUUAGUUUAGAAACGUGUAACAUGGAGUUACAUAUAGAAAUAUAAAAAUACAUCCAAACGAAAUGGGACCAAAAGCACAAGGGUAAAAAACAAGCAACUGCAGAAACCUCAUGAAAGUGUUCUGAUUACGUGUCACGUGUGAAUCUGGAGUGACUGCACAGUUAGCAGUGCUGUGUUGCUGUACAAGAGUGAAUUAACAGACACCCAGCUAGGGUAAUGCUGUCUCUGGCGAGCUUCAUGUGUCGCUCGGAAGUUAGAUUCCACACGUGUUCGAGGAUAAACUGACUUUUGUUUUAGUAUACCGAAUAUGUGAUCAUGGGCUGUCUCUCUUUCUCUGCGUAUGUGUGCGUGCGUGCAUGAGAACGUGCUUGUAUCCACGUAUGUUUGAUGGGAGAGGAGCAGAGAUGAGAGCUGACAAAUAAGAAAUUGUUUUAAAACUCUCCAUGCUGCUAAUCAGCAUGCGGAAAAGUGCAAUAGUUUGACCAUGUUAGCUUUGUGAUCUAUGUUCUAAAGACCUUCCUUUAGUAUAUCUGUGUAUUUGUCUUUCAUUUGAUUUUUCAUCCCUCUCUCUUCGUCCUCCCCUCUCCUUUCUCCCCGUCAAGAACGAAGCAUAUUCUUCGUGUAGCCGUCGAGGUGUGACUUUUAACUAUUACUGGGAAGAACAGCAGACUCAAGGCAGCACACGCCAGCUGUGGGUUCAGUGCGAAACUGUCAGCAAAUACGCAUCAAUGAUGAAUGGACAGACUGCGAGUCAACAGGUGGGCGCAGAAGCCAGCCUUCAGUUAAGGAACGUUUUAGGGAUUGAGCAAAGUGCGGACAUGUGCCGAGUGAUGACAAACUGGAGCUAAUACUUCCCCCCAACUCGAAACAAAAUGCAGACACUGCUUCUCUACAUCGCCCUACCCGAGGGCAGACAUUAUUCUGGCACAGAAAUGGCGGCGUUGAAAUACGUUCUUAAUUGCAAUGUCUUUCCAUUGGCUUUUUUCCAAGUAUGCAACAAUGAUAUUUGCCGGGUUCUUUUGGAUUCAUUUUCAUCUGUUUGCUAAUGUGAAUGGUAGCUGGAAGAUCGUCAUUAAUGUUGUCUUGCACAUGAAGCUAGCUUGUUUUACUACGAUAUCUCUAAAUGGUAUCGCUUACAUUUGGAAGGCAAAUCAGUAAGUACUAUGCGUUUGUGCCUGGCUGCUUUUUUUCCUUAGGUGACUUUCGGAAGUAUGUGGAAGCAUCCGGCUAUCGUAUGCAUGUGUACAUGUGACAUUCAAGCCCAAACAUGUCAAUGCUUGGUUUAUUUAAUCGUAUUUGUAGAUUUAGACAAAGUGUCGUAGAUAUUUUGCUUUGACAACUAUUUCCUGCUGUUUAUACAGCUACUUUCCCUUUCGCCAACACUCAUAAAUUUCGGGGCUGUUUCACAUUCACUGUUUUUAUAUAUAUAACAUCAUAACCUUACGCUUAACCUGCUAAAAUCCAAGAUUUAGAGAUUUCUUACUUAGCUUCCCCAAUUUUUUUUUUAUUGAACUUGCUCUGGAACAUGUUUCGAAAAGACACAUCUUCUGUUCACAGAUCAGCUAAUAAUUUGCAGCAUUUCCUACAUUUUAUAUCAGACUGACUUUACUCAUUGGUGAGGCUUUCCGAAAAGGCGUCGCAAGGCUUGUGUAGUCACGUAACUGUUGAAACAGCACAUCACUGCCUCCGAAUUGUAAUGCUCCACACAGUGCUUCAAAAAUAGCAAUAGUAAUUUAGGUUUUCAUUUCAAUAACGGCUCGUUGCUAUGAGUACAGCGCAAAGACGUGUACUCCGAAUUCAUCUUUUGAAUUUAUGGUUCAGAUUCACGAGUUGAUCUCAUGUUUUUUUGGUUUCCAAGUGAAGGCACCAGCGUGGGCACACUACCAUACCACACGCUGCAGUAGAUGUUUGAACAAAACGUACUCACAACUAUAUCUUGUUAUACUCGACUUGAUUCUUCAUUUAGGUCUGUUGCAUCUGUCAUCUAAUGUCAAUUUAAAAAAUGAUUGGUCAGUUUGAAGUGCUAGAACACAAUAUGAACAGGAACACUUUGCAGUUAAAAUACAACUUAAAUGUGCAUCCCAAUUUAUCAUAAAAAUUAACCCGUUCUUGGAGCUUGGUCUUUUGUAUACGGUAUCACAGGCAUUGUAAAAAUUUUGAAAGAACGAAAAGUAUUUGGUCACAGAACUAAUAUGUCAUCGACAUACGAAACACAAUCCAAAGUUUAGAAGACGAUGUUAGCCAGUAGACUACAUCUUAUAGCAUGUAUAUGAGCGUUGAAUGGAACAGUGCGAUAAGUGGUGAAGCGUGUUAACAUGGCCGCCACUACAUGGAACCAGCCUACUGCAUAAUGGCGCGCACUAUUUUAUAUUCCUUAACAUCUUCAUCAAUCCGUUUAAAACGGCAGCAUCACUGUUCCCUGUGUGUGUUCAUAGACUGCUAAGGGAGGAAAGCUGUAAAGACAUUGGGUGGAUUUAGACAGUCUCGAAUAUAACACUUGACGAUAAUCUAUCAUUUGAAUGCUGGAUGUAAAAUACUAAAAAACGUUUUGGAGUCAUUAUUGUUUAUUUUAAAAUGCUACAUUGAGGAUAUAUUUAAAAGUUUUUUUUUGGCAUUUGACACUCGGUUUUGCUUCUCCAUUGACUUGUGACACACAAUGAAACGUAUUGUGCUGCAAAUACUACUUUCAGUAGUAAACCUGGAGCAAAUACUGGCUGCUUUGACCGGAAGUAGAUUCGAAACUUCGUCCUUAGUCUGUUUGGACAAUAAAUUUGCACUUGUUUAUACAAGGUACACACUUCUCUGUUGUUUCGCUGCAAAGUUACUUGAGCCUUUUGUUUUCCCUCGAACCAAAACGUGCUGCGAUGUUUUUAGAUAAGUUAGCGGGAGAUAACGCACAAGCCAUAGGGAAAGAUCGGAAGCCUCAAAGAGACUCGUUAAUUUUUUAUUUUUUUUUUGGUAGCCAAGACGGUCAACUGUAAGAUUAAUUUAAUGCUGGAAAUUUGUGAGACCUUGCAUUUGCCAUGCAGCGUCAUCGUGUGUUAUGGUUAUGGAUGUAUGCCAGGCUCACAUAUUGCUUAGGGCUGGAUAAUUUUGUUUUGGUUGCAUGUUAUAGAUAAUAUUCAAGCAAGGUCUUCCCACUCUGUUUAGAUGCAUGUGCAUGCCUGUUGAAAUCUGCUCAUUUCGGACCAAGCUGCCUGGCUUCGUGUAGUCUGUUUUCGUGAAUAUGAAAAGCUGUUAAUUGCGAAAUGAAGAAGACAUGCUCGCUUUGAACGUUCUGUAAAUACAUCACUCAAAAUGUCAUUUCACCGUUUUGAAUUUGUAUUCACUCAUUAUCAAACAUCGUUGGCAUCUUUUCUCACUGUACUUUUUAAAAAAAAAAAUUGUGUAGAUUGAAAUCUUAUGAGUCCUGACAUUUGUGUCCUUUCAUCCUAAUGCAAACUGGUUUCAUGAGAAUACUUAUUUUCAUGAGCUUGACCAGGUCGAUGCUACAUUGAACAUGGACUCAGCUGUGUUUUUGAAAGAACGAUUCCACUUCCACUGUAAUCCUGUCAUCAGAUUCGUUCAAGGAAUACUAGUCAUUCCAAAAAUGGGACAUUCGGUCAUCUCUAAUGACAACACAGAUAAUUCAUCCUUAGCCCUGCGCUGACUUGCGUGGAAUGUCCUUUACUCGCGCCAUUGCAUUCCUUAUACUGGGUGAUUUGUUUGAAACUGUCAAUCGCCACAUUAUUUUUAUUAUCAUAUUUAUUAGUGUAUAAUCAUUGUCUGAAGGUCAGAUCUGAAAAUAGAAUGACACGGGAGGUAAUCUUGACAAAGGAACCGCUUUUGUACUGUUUCACUGACUGAUCUGCGUAGCACUGAGCGGAUUGUAAGGAAGUUUGCAUGCAGUGUGAGUGCGAGUAAAAGAAAAAUGUUUUCAAUGUAACAUUGACGAGGUUUUCAUGUUGCCAGCUGACUGAAACUCAUUUGGGCGCAUUUAUAAUAUUUUGUGAGUAUUGGCUUUUUCUUUUCUUGAGAAAUCAGAAUGUGAUUUGUGUUUCACUCGCCUUGAACAGAUAACAGAGCUGAUGCCUGGUCUGAUGGGUGAUAUUGUUAUUAUUGACUGUCAGGUUGUAUCCUCUUGGCAUGCAGGCAUUAACUGAAUGCCACCUUCCAAACCCACCUGCCCCAUAGUGCCAUGUCCAUGUUCACCUGCCCCCUACUACCCCUGGCCCCGCAGCGAACGUAGCAGACACGGGCUAAAAGCAAGGCACGUGCUGUACAAAGCACACCGCCGCGGACUUGUAACUGUUUGGUAACCUCGAAAGCAAAGCAGUUGCUCCAUAUUCAGAGGUUGGCGCCUGUCAAGAGAGGUCAAGGCCACAUUCCUCCCGACAUUUGCAUUCAUGCGUUGAAUUUCGCAAAUCAAUUGUAACUCAUGCGAAGACUCGAAAUGAUUAUAGUUUAAGCGAAGAAGGAAAAAAAAGAAGAAGAAAAAGAACAGAAGGAAGAUAAAGUAUCCUUCCAAAUGAGUCAUCAACCACGCAAUGCACUUUCUUUUAUAGCAGUGGAGAUGGUCUAUAACGUAUUUUUUGUUUUGGGCUUUAUAGUCUAUUAGUAGUUCCGCUUCCCCACCGUAACACCUUACUUGACCUCCAGUUUCGUGUCUUUCUCUGCAUGUGGUUUCAUAUUCAGCUUCUUGCUGGCUUCUCGUAUGACAACAUCAGUUCUACCUUACGUGAUAUCGAAUCUGAAGUUCUCCUUCUUAUUUCUAACAGGUGAAGUUCAGCUGUCUUUUUUUGGCUAAUCACAUGACAUCAAGACUUAGAUGUCCACUUCUCCUACCUUGUAACGCAACGGUUAGCACCUGUUGCCAAUACAAUGAGGAUUGACUGUCCUGGGUUCAGAUCUCGUCUCGGGCACGCUGCACUUUCUCUACAUGUGGCAUCUGUUUACAGGGCCGACUGCUUUGCCGUGAUCUAGCCCUACCUUGGCAUAAAACCAAAAAAACCCACCAGAGAAUUACACAAUACUGAGAUACUAAAAUAUGUAAGCUCGGGCAAACUGUGACAUUGUUAUCCCACUGAAUGUCUCAUAUCCUGUAGUCACUAAGAUGUAGGUCUAAUGACCUGUGAAAAUAUUUAUUUUUUGCAGAGCCUCUUCUUCACUGUGUCAACAAAAAGUUUGGCAUAUGGAAAGUUUUGUACACUGAACGUUGCCCUCUAGACAAAAAUAUUAGGUGGAAAUUUAAAUAAACGGGUACAGCAAAUAGUGCGUGCGAUAUUGUUGCCAUACGAAGGAAGGUCUACUAGAGAAAUACGCAACCGGAUAAACCUACAGCCUGCAUGCCAGUCGCAGCAGCCUUUUUUUCCUUUUCAUGUGCGAGAAAAUGUGGUGCGGAAUGCUUGAGUGAUGUUGACACUUUGUGAACUGGCUGGUACAGACCAUUUUGGGAGCUUUCUGUGAUAGUUAUUGGAGUAUUUCUCUUACAAUCUGCUUUAAGUAAUUUAAAAUUUGUUCUAGACCAUAUUUCAAAACUUCUGAUUGUUUAUUCAUCAUUAAUUUUUUUUCUUUAUUGUACAUUAUACUUUAAAAAAAGAAACGCCAGGGGUGAUAACUUCAUUUCUUUUCAAAAAGAUUAUCUUAUGGUCACAGCACUGUAGCAUAUUCUCAAUUCUCUGGAAGAUCACUUUCUUUUCUUAUCAAUGAACUCUUUCAGCACUGUUGACUUACGUUAUCCAUAAACUCCUGACCAUUUUCGCUACACUGUAUAGUUAUUUGUAAUGGCUCUUACGGGGGCCAUGUUUGUGAGUUUAACUUAUGAAAAUUUUGCCUUUAACUGUUGUUACUCAUUUGGACAUGUAUUUAUUGUGUAACAGCUGCUACACGGCUUGAAUGAUCUCCUCAUUUGAGCGGCGAGCCACACACAGAUAGUAAUUUCUGGAGCAUGCUGGCGAAUGAGUGGAGGAGAACAUUUAGUAUGAGCGUGAGGAUUGUUCACUUUGUCUCCAAGCACGAUUUCAAUUUCUCGGCAUUUCAAUGCGAUCAACGACACUCUUUUUUUCCUUUUUUCUCUGCUCAAGCCAAGUUUAGACAUGCCAAGCCGUUUGUUCCGAAAUCGGUUGGUUAGUAUGCAGCGUAGAUUACACUUAAUGACCAUAUAUUCAUAUAAGCACGUAUUAUCACAUGUGUUAACGGGAUCGUACUGAAACAAACGGUAAAUGCAUACACACUUUGUUGCAAUGAUUAGCGAGGUUAACAAGCUUGUAAAGUAACAAGAAGAUGACUAAAUAACAAUGCAAACAAUUCGUCAGUCGCUUGUGCUACUUCGCACUCUUUUUCUGGCCAUUGAUGUGAUCUUUAACGAGUUUAAAUGGUCGCCCUGCUAGGCUAAAAAUAUUCCUUUUCAAUGCAAGCAAUUUUAACAUAUUAGAUUGUGUAUGUAUUAAGACUUAGGCUUGAUAUCAAAACAGGGCUUUCAAUAGUUAACUGCUUCAAUGCGAUGAAAUACUUUUUCUGCAGAGACGUGUUCACAUAGCUUAUAUAGUUCUCUCACACACACAAAAACUAAGUGAACGAACAAACUAGCUCGUGCCCUGAUAUCUUCUAGGACAUGUUACAGCUAUGUAUCAAGGUAAAGUGGAUUUCUGGUGUAGUGUCCCUGUUUGUGUCUGAGCGUUAGGCAAGUUCAGAUAUAGUAUAAGACUGAGGCUUAUUGCCUAAGUGCAUUUUCUGCAAGCCUUUUUCAUCCUUCGGUUAAUGGCUUUAACGGCAAAACGGAUGGAAGUCCAAGUCUUUAUCGAGAAAUGUGGUUAACUGAAACAUGCGAAACCUUAGGUCGACUGAUUCCAUAUAUGCAUUAUUACCUAAUAAAUCACCCUUCUCUACAGUAGAGAUACAGAUGAUUCUCCUGCAAGACAGUAGGAGGCAGUGUAGAAUUCCACUGAGUUAUCUUUUAGGACGGUAGGCAUCAGUGGAAAGAAGGAUGGUUCCAAUUUUUUCAAAAGAUCAAGAGAAUUGUUUUGAAGGACAGCAGGGGUAAAUAGAGAGGAGGGGAAAAGUCUACCGUUGCAAAAGGGGGGCAUGUAACAAAACUACUGAUUUCAGUAACCCUAAACCUUCCAGCAUUAGGUACGGAAACUGACCGAUAGGCGGCGUUUUAUCUGUAGAAAACUCUGUGCCAGUCAUGUGUACUCUAACCAUCUAAGAAUUGUUGUAGUACAAAACGGGUCCUGCUUCAUUAUUUUUCUUGUUACUGUGGACAUAAUUAUUGUGUACAGGCUCUCGUUUCAUUAACCGUUUCCCAAAAUGCUCCUCCUUUUUAUCACUUUGUAGGCCAGGGGACUCCAUUCACGAAGUAACAAGCCACCGGUUACUGGCUCUCAUUAACAGCAUUACCGGCCACUCUCCGUCGCCGUUUGCAGCUAAACAACGCACGCACAGACAAAGGCACGCAUGCGCAUACGAAGACAAGAACUAUCAAUGCUACAUGUACUUACUGUUGCUGUCAAAACUUCCACCCGUGUCUACGAAAAGCAGUCACAAGAUUUUAACGUCUUUUGAGGCAAAGGAGCAGAAAAUUUGGACAGAACCAAUGAUUCUUACUCGUCCCUUCAUACAUUUCAGGAAUACGGUGUUCUAUAUACUCACUUCCACGCAUACAUACCUUUUGCUACAAUUACCACAGUUGUACAUCAACUCCUCCUCCUCCUCUCUACUUUUACUGCUUCUGACCCUGCUACUAUUAUUAAGAAAUCUGGUAUGUUACUACUCUAGCUGUGUACUUAAAGGAAUCUCGGUUGCACGGAUCUGCUGGUAUUCAGACAGCAGUGAAGUGGGGUGGAGUCUGUGUGAAGGAAGAGCGGGGGGCGGCAAGAAAUCUUUGUUUUCACCUUGCCUGACAAAGAAACAAGAAAUCUUCCCAUCCUAAGAGGCAUGGAAAGGUUUUGUAAGUAGAACUUUGCUAGCUGUUUGCAACGUACUUUUCUUAGCUAGAGUGAGCCAUUGCUGUCCCGUCAACUCUUCCCAUCUUGGGCGUAUGUCGAUCACGUGGGCUCAGCAGGCUAAGCUAUGUCACGUGACCACGUCACAGCGAUCGAACGCCCGGUCUUUUAACGCGUGUCUCGUGAUGCUUAUUUCUCUUUGCACUCUUGUUCCAUUUUCUUCUCCUGUUAUGCACCUUGGUUCACUAUGUGAGGCGCCAGGGGACGCCACCCUCUGGCGACCAGCUUCACCAUCAAAUAUUUACACACAAAAGCGGUUUUACGGAAAUAAAAUAUUUGAUACACGUC